UACACAGAAAUGAAAGUACACAUUCACGUUUGUUUCUUACAUUGCAGGAUACCUUAAUAUGGUAAGAAAGGGCAAAAAACCACAAAAACGAGAUAAUUCAAAGGACAAUAGUGAUACACUUAUCACUGACGAAACGUCGACUAAAAAUGAAAAGUCAGACGGUUCAACAUGUUUAAGAGAAAAAUUCAAUGGCACAAACGAGUUGCAGACAAAACAGACAUGCUGUUGUUUUACAUGUGGGUGUUUAGUUGCUACACUUUUAGUGUCUCUCAUCAUAAGCAUUGCAUUUCCAGUAAACUGUGAUACUAAGGAUACUAAUUGCAAUGCUAAUGCUACCAGUGCCAACAAUAAACCCCAUCAUUCCAAUCGUGCAGAAAACUCAAAGAUGCAGGAGUACAAUGCAUUACACCCAGAACUUGCUACAUAUGGGUAUAACACCGAUGACAAUUAUCCUAAGAAGGUACCAAGCCCUGCCAUUUACAGUGGUGAAAACUACGGACUAGCAUACUACAACAGAUACCAUGGAUUUAAAAUAAGACGGAGCAUAUUUCAUUACAAUGGAAUAGGAUAUAAAUUGACCUGUAAUAAAACACGAUUCUAUCGACUUUGGUGUAGUUGUUAUGGAAAAUAUCACAGCAAAAGUAGAUGUUUUGAACGAUUCAGAAAACAACGACUGUUUUUAAAACACAGAGCUACGUCUUAUCGAUGGCGAUCAAAGAUCGCCCAAUAACACUGGAGGCAAUAAAAACAAUAAAAAAAAGUUAUCAUUACAAAAAAGGCAAUUUGUUUUUAUUCAAGAAUGUUUCUAAUAAUUUCAUAUGCUACAUAGAAAUAUCCUUUUACCGAAAUAAUGGUAAAAGUAAAGUCCCUCUAAUAAAAGCAGUAAAUUUGCAAAAUAAUUUACUCUGGUAUGUUUAAUAUUUAAAAGACAGUACCAAUGUUUGGUUGCCGACGUCAUAUUCUAACUUUCUGUAUACAUUAUAAUUGAUUAACGACCAAUUUAAGACGUGUGCGUUUUUAAGCAUUUCUGUUAAAAGACACGUCUUUACUUCUGUGCUGAUGACAACCCAGUCCACUAACAUAGUUUUUAAACAAGUGCCAGAAAAACGAAAACAACACUUGAUUUAUUUCGUUCGUCUUAAACGAUUUUCUUGGUUAUCCUUCACCAGGAAUACUCUAAAAAUAGAGAUCAAUCAUGUAAAUAUGGAAAAAAUUGAGAAAUCAUAUUGCUUGGCGAUUUUAACGCCCGAACUGGAAAUGAUUGUGAUUUUAUUGAAGGGGACAACACCAACCACAUUCCAUUAAACAACAGCAAUUAUAACAUUGAUAUUUUGAAUGAGAGAAGAGCCAGCUGCGAUAAUACUGAAGAUUCUAGAGGGAAAGACCCUCUAGAUUUUUGUAUAUGUAAUCAAAUCCGUAUCUUGAACGGGAGAAUAUUAGGUAAUAGCACUGGCAAGCAUACAUGUUAAGUAUAAUGGUUUUAGUGUAGUUAAUUAUGUGUUAGCAUCAGAACAAUUAUUUUGUAACAUUUUAUAUAUGUGUGUAUCAGAUUUCAAGGCAACUUUUUUCAGAUUACCACUGUAAACUAUCAUUUAAGUUAUUAGCCUCAUUUACAAACGUGAACAUUUACUCAAAUUUAAAAGACUUCCCAGCAAGAUACGAGUGGAAUGAGAAAAAAUUAAUAAGUUUUCAAAAUGCCUUUGCUCAUCCCGCUAUACAAAAUGAGUUAAAGAACUUUAUUGCAGAAGAUAUAAGUUUUGAUUCAGCUGGUAUAAUCCAAGCAACUAAAACAAUCCAUUCACUUUUUAAAAAAGUUUGUAAAAUCACCCUUAAGAAAAAAAAGAAAAGAGUAAAAACUGAUAAAAAGUGGUUUGAUCAAGAACUGACAUCGUUAAAAAAAAUUGUUGAUGGAAAAGCUGCACUAAUGAAUAAAUAUCCUAAAGACCCAUUUAUUAGUGGGUCGUUUUUUAAAACAUAUAAAAAGUAUGCAAAACUUAAAAAGUAUAAAAAAUGGGAAUUAAAAAAUGUACUAAAUCGUCUAGAAAAUUUGGAAACUGAAAACCCUAAGGAGUAUUGGAAACUUGUGAACCUCCUACGCAAUGAGAACACGGAUAAGCCAGAAAAAAAUAUUGAUGGUGACACCUGGUACAAAUAUUUUGCUUCUUUAGCAUAUAUUCCAAUAGAUAACCAUGAUCAAAUAAAACAGAUUGAAGAGCAAUGAAAGUUACUUGAAAAUAAUAUAACCUGCUUUGCACUUUCAGAUAACAAAAUACCAGAAGCUGAACUAAAUAAAGCAUUUAAAAAGCUUAAAUCAGACAAAGGUCCUGGAUAAGAUAAUAUAAGCAAUGAGAUGCUUAAGGAAUCUCAAUCUUUUAUUAAUACAAUUUUACUCAAACUUUUCAAUGCAGUUUUCAACUCCGGUAUAUAUUCAAGUGAAUGGUCAAAGAGUUUUAUUUGUCCAAUAUUCAAAGCAGAUGAUAGAAAAAAACCUGAAAUUAACAGGGGAAUUGCUAUAAACAAUAGUAUCGGAAAACUAUUUCAUAUAAUUUUGAACAACAGAUUUGACCUUUUCUUAGAUGAAAAUAAUAUAAUUCACGAAACUCAGAUAGGGUUCUCCAAAAAAGCACGUACCUCCGACCAUAUUUUUGUAUUAAGAUUUAUCAUUGAAAAAUAUUUAAAGACCGGAAAUAAAAAAAAUAUUCACAUGUUUUGUCGAUUUUUGAAAAGCUUUCGAUAAAGUCAUCCACAUUGAUAUUAUGUAUAAACUACAACUUUGUAAUAUAAGUAAUUAUUUUUAUAGAAUAUUGAAAUCUAUGUAUACCAAAGACAAAUUAUGUGUAAAAAUAAAUGUUAAAAUGACAGAGUUCUUUGUACCAGUGGUUGGUGUUAGGCAGGGAGGAAUUUUAAGUCCAAAUUUAUUUAAAUUUUUCAUAAAUGAACUUCUAAAAUUUUUCUGGAAAAGUCAGAAUCAUUUUGUUUAAAUAACGAUAAGAUACCAUGCGUCCUAUAGGCUGGUGACCUGGUAAUUUUUUCAGAAUCUAGAGCAGGGAUUCAAGACAAACUUGAUAUUUUAUAUAACUAUUGUAACGAAUGGUGUCUUGGAGUCAACUCCAAAAAAACAAAAAAUAAUUAUAUGUAAUGAUAAUGGACAUUUGAUUAAAGAAGACUUCCAUAUAGGGGAGGCAAAAUAGACUGUGUAAAGCAAUAUAAAUACUUGGAUCUUAUAAUUCAAAAUACUGGUAAAUUUACUGAGGAUAGAAAACAACUUUAACAAAAAAGUCUUAAAACCUGUUUUAAGCUCUAUGGGGACUUGAAAUCCUCAAGUCCUAGUAUUGGUACUUUUCUUCAUUUAUUUAAACAUUGUAUUAAACCUUUUAUUGUAUAUGGUUGAGAGAACUGGGGCACUAUUAAUAUAAUCCUUAAGAGAAAAUCAUCAUCUCUCUUUGAUAUAUUUAAGGACUGAGAGUCUGAAAAACUUCACAAUAAAUUUUGUAAAUAUAUCCCUGGUGUUACUAAAUUGUGCACUAACAUAGGAGUUCCUUAGAACUAGGAAGAUAUCCUCUUUACAUAAACAUGUUAAAACAAGUCUUCGUGUACAGACUUGAGAAUUCCCCAUCAAACCUGCUGAAUAAUGCAUAUAUAAGGAGUAUACGCACUUACAAAGCUUAAACAAAGGUAAUAAUUCCUGGUACACUAGUAAACUCUUUUAUGGGGAAAAGUUAAACUUUAAUUUGGCUUAUUGUAAAACCUUAAGUUAAUAUAAAUUUAAAAAAUCACUUAAACAAUGUCUCCGGAACAGGAUUCUUGAGACUUGGAAAGUAACCAUAGAUUCUUAUUUACAGGAUAAAUUGAGUACUUAUUUUAAAUUUUAAUUCUCAUUUGGUAAAGAAACCUAUCUAUCCUCUUUAAAUAAUGGCAAUUGUCAAAUUCUUACUAAAUUUAGAUUAAGUAAUCACAAAUUAACAGUUGAAACUGGUCGUCAUGAACGCAGGGUGAACAUGUCAGGUAAAUUAGAGAAUAUUCCACGAUUUGAAAGACUUUGCCAAUAUUGUAAUUUGAAUGUAACUGAGGAUGAACUCUAUUUUUUGUUAGAAUGUCCUCUAUAUGUAACUUCAAGAACCAUUUUACUUGAUGAUUUAUUUAUGGAAUAUCCAAAACUAAGAAUACUUAAUUCGCGAAACCUAUUUAUAUGGAUUAUGACAAAUGAUGAUGAUAAUUUUAUUUAAAAUUGUGCAAAUAUUUGACUUCAAACUUAGAAGUGAGAAAUAAUACUGCCAAGUAAAAAUUAAUACAGGUUUUAAUGAUAAUAUUUGGUGAAGUUAUCUUUCUCUGCCGA